AUGCUCAACCUCUUUCGCAUUGCUGGGGACUUGUCCCACCUUGCCAGUAUUGGCAUCCUCCUCCAUAAGAUGGUGCAACUGAAUAGCUGCUCAGGUAUCUCGUUCAAGUCGCAAGCCCUCUACUUCCUGGUCUACAUUACCAGAUACCUUGACCUCUUCUCGACCUCGAGUCUCUGGAACCUCAUGUUCAAGAUCCUCUUCAUCACCUCCCAAGGCUACAUCGUCUACUUGAUGACGACCGCCUACAAGCCGACCAACGACCCCAACCAGGACACUUUCCGUGUCCAUCCUGGCCAUCCUCUUCCCAUACUACUACACCUUCUGGGAGAUCCUCUGGCCUUCUCCAUUUGGCUCGAGGCCGUCGCCAUCCUGCCCCAGCUCUUCAUGCUCCAGCGCACCGGCGAGGCCGAGACCAUCACCACCCACUACCUUUUCGCCCUGGGCAUCUACCGUGCCCUCUAUAUCCCCAACUGGAUCUACCGCUACUUCACCGAGGUCAACCACAAGGUUGACUGGAUCGCCAUCACUGCCGGUAUCGUCCAGACGGUUCUCUACAGUGACUUCUUCUGGAUCUACUACACCAAGGUGAUGAAGGGCAAGAAGUUCAAGCUGCCUGUUUAA